AUGAGUGUAAUAGAAUCAAAAGCCAGAAAUGUGGGCUUUGGUUGGGAAGCAAUUGAUAUCUUUCUAUUUUCCAACGGCCAAAAUAGUUCACCACCAAGAAAGUACCACUUGCGUACAGAUGAGUUAGAUUGGUGGGAAGCUACGUUGAACCAUUUGGCAAAAUCACAUUACGGAUCGUCACAUACAGCGAUAGAGCUUUAUACAUUGAGUGGAAGCAGGAUAGAGGGGCCUCAGGAAUUAUGUGACGGCAUGCCUUGUGUUGCUGUUGUGCCCCCAGACACAUUUACUGAUGCGGGUUAUGAGAACUACCUCAUGAAGGCUUCCAGGUCGUUUGAAAAACGAAAAAUAAAGAACGCCAACAUGACGGACCAGGCAGAAGUUAGAAUUUCAGAUUCACCGCAGAUAGACAAUGAAAAGCAACAACCGGUGUAUGCUACCGAUCAUACAACGCUCAAUGCACCUGAGAAGAGUAUCACAGAGCCGACUGCUACACUAAAGUCACUAAAGAGUACCGUCCAAAAAUCUGUUUUACCAAACAUGCGAAAUGAAAAAAGGCGUUCAAUCUUAGCACGUACAUCUUUCAUGAAAACGCAAAUAAAGUCGACAAAGAACUUCAAUCAAGACUCUCAAAGAAAAAGGUCUCUUAAAACGAAUGAACCUAUAUCAGAAACAACUGAUAAAUCAAAUGAAAAUAAAUCCCUAUCAGCAUCACCACCAAUAGGGGUACCAACAUCAACACCCAAAUCAUCAAUGACUAAUACACCAUUAAGGUGUCAUACAAUGGUAACUGUAAAUAGUAAAGAUUUAUUCACAGAUUAUUUGCCACUUGAGAAUCUAAUCAGUGAAAAGCAGAUAUUACUUUUAGAGGAAGCCUCAAAUCUGUACCAAAAUCCCGUGCAUGAAGUCAAAUCAGUCAAGCUAGAUGCGUACGUCGUUCCAACCAAUAUGGAAGAGGUUAACAAUUGUGUUGAUUCUAUUGCCAAGACUCGCGUUGACGAGGAAAUACAAACGAAGAUAGAAACAUCUUCAUGCGAGGUCAACACUGCACUUUAUUCUCCACCUUCUAAUAGCAAAAUAAAAGUGAUCGCUGCCACUGUUGCCUCGCAAUCAAAUAUUAUGAAAUGUGAUACUCCUCUUGGAGAUAAUUACAUAGCUGUCAUAAACAAAGGGGAUGCUGUCAACUUGAAAUUGCAGAUAGAAGUACAGAAUGGUUCAAGUCACACGAAUAAACAAUCAAGUUCAAACUGGAAGAAUGUUAGAGAAACAAAUUCGUUAUCGGACAUCUUUAAAAAAAGGAAGUCUAGUAAUACUGGAGACGACGUGGUUACCGCAACCAAGUCAUUGGAGUCUGUUGUAUGCGGAAUCAACGAAUGCUACACUAAAGUGGUAGUAGUUCAAUGCUCUUGUUGUGGCAACAAAACUACUAUGGCUCGUGCCGAUAAGGUGCCUGUUUAUAAGGACCCUAAUGGGUUUUUCAUAUUGAUCCCAACUACCCCACAGCAAGAGAAUCAUAGCUGUUUGUGUUUUAGAGAUGAAAACCCUUGUCCUGAUAAAAACGCGAUGUCAGCGUUAUGUGUAGAAGAGUUCUGUAAACCCGAGUCUAGCGCUAUUUAUCCGUGUGUUCAAGAAGUUGGAAUGGUAAUGACGUUGACGGGUUCAUUUGGCUCCCAAACAGAGGAACAGCAAAGGAAUGGAGCUGAUAAGUGUAUAGUGGCUAAAACAGUAUUGGGUAAUAUGAUGUCUAGAAACAAAGAGCGGUACACCGUAGAUGAAUGUAUGACAUCGCCCUCUCGGAUCAAACAAAAACUUGAAUAUAUGGUUGCUACAGCCAACAUUGACAGAUCAUUGUCGAGGGGUAUCAUUGGGCGUGUGGACUCUUAUACACAGACUGAAUGGUGCAGCAUUUUGCUGGAGGCGCAUCUUCAUGAAGACGGUCGAUACUCUUUCCAUUUUCCAUCGCUCCAGGCGCUCAAACAUUACUCUUUGAUAUAA